UCAACACCAGGCGCCAGAGAACGUACGGGAAAUAUUCUAACCGGUGGAAAAUUGUCACGGUUUUACGUUACAUUUUUUCCCCCCCCUGUGCUGAGAUUGCAGACUUUUACAUAGAUUUCCCCAAAAUACGAAUUAUUAGGCUGCAAAGAAAUGAAAGGGUUGCAAGUGCAUUGUCUUUACUUUCUUGUGUUAAAUGCAGUAUUUUAUGUGGCGUCUUUGGAAGAGGGGGACUCAAUUUCUACACUUGAUAAUUUCAUGGACAACUUCAAGGACUUGAUCCGAAACAACGAUGCCACCCCUCAUGCCUACACCAAAUUCUCCCUCCGGAAGCCUCUGAUGCCGGAAGAUGACAUCUGCUACAUCAUCCCCGGCAACCCGGAAUCUCUCAAAGAAUGCACUUUCAACAGCACAUCCAAAACCUUCCUGGUGAUCCACGGCUGGACAGUGAGCGGCUUGUUUGAGAGCUGGGUGGCCAAGCUGGUUUCGGCGCUGUACAAGAGAGAGCAGGAAGCCAAUGUGAUCGUGGUGGACUGGCUGUACACAGCCCAGAACCACUAUCCAGUAGCUGCCCAGAACACCAAGAUGGUGGGACAGGAGAUUGCUCGCUUCAUUGACUGGCUGGAGGAGGCAACAAACAUCCCUCUUGAAAACCUCCAUCUCAUUGGCUACAGUCUGGGUGCUCAUGUUGCAGGAUUUGCUGGGAGCCACGCCUCCAAUAAAGUGGGCAGAAUAACUGGUCUUGACCCAGCUGGUCCAGACUUCGAGGGGGAGCACGCUCACCGCCGCCUGUCCCCAGAUGAUGCCCACUUUGUGGAUGUUCUACACACGUUCACGCGGGGCUCUCUGGGCUUAAGCAURGGCAUCCAGCAGCCUGUAGGCCAUGUGGACAUCUACCCCAAUGGAGGCAGCUUCCAGCCAGGCUGRAAUCUGCAAAGCCCUCUGGAAACAAUAUCCAAACUUGGCCUCUUUGCUAUCAAUGAUGUUCCCAGGUGUUCCCACGAGCGCUCCAUCCACCUGUUCAUCGACUCCCUGGUCAAUGAGCAGGAGGCCAGCAUGGCGUACCGCUGCGGGAGCGACGAUAUGUUCGARCGCGGAAUGUGCCUCAGCUGCCGCAAGAACCACUGUAACACCGUGGGCUACGAUAUCAGCAAGGUUCGCAAGACACGUAGCGUCAAACUGUACACCAAGACCAGGGCCUCCAUGCCGUUCAGAGUCUAUCACUACCAGGUGAAGAUCCACUUCUCCAGCAAGGUGAACAGGUCUGAGAUGGAGCCUUCACUGACAGUCUCCCUGAUUGGAACCAAAGGAGAGGUUGAAGACCUCAAACUGACACUAAAGGAGAAGAUAACAACCAAUAAGACCCAUUCCUUCCUGCUGGUAGCGGAGAAAGACAUUGGUGACCUCCUGAUGGUGAAGUUUAAGUGGGAGGAGUCUACUAGCUGGUCUGCCUCGUUCAAGCUCAACAUGGUGUCUUCCUGGUGGUCAGGUGACUCUGCAGAGUCUGAAGUGGAGGUCCACAAAAUACGCAUCAGAGUCGGGGAGACGCAAAAAAAGAUGGUGUUCUGCAUUAAAGAUCCUCAUGCUCUGAGCUUACAACAGGAAGUUACGUUUGUAAAAUGCAAGGACGAAUGGAGGAAAACUUCAAAAAGAGUGAACCUGGGGAACCACUGAAUGUACGGAGCAACAGACGAAUGUCCUCCUCCCGCAGCUCUUAGAGUAAUUAUUUAUACAGCUGUAAUUUAUUUUGUCUUUCAAACUAUACAAAGACAUUAUCACAUUGUGUCCAGAACUAGAACUGUGUGUUAUUUAAAAAUGUAUGUGAAGUCUCUUUUUUGUUGUUGUUUGUAAGCACUGCUUUUGUGGGGCAUCAACUACGGUGUGGUGCUAAAGGAUAGUAAAUGCCAUCAUCUUUGCUGAUUUUCUGGCAACCCCAAAGAGAUGGAUCUUAUACAAAGUCUUUGGUGCCUCUGAUUGACAGAGAUCCAUUGACCGGCUGAGUAGAGGCCUCGAGGUACCUGCAGUUCAAACCUCAUGUGUUUCCUUAAUUUAUGCUUAAAGCAUUCACCAUUGUCGUCCUCAAUACUAUGUGAUUGUAGGAUCGGACUCAGUGUGCCUUAAAAUAACUUGUCUUAACCUACUGUAUGUUUUUUUUGUUAAUGGUGUACAUUAUAUUUUUUUAUAGUGAGUUGUUUCUUUUACCUGGUCUUUGAGACAGUAAUAUUCAUGAGGUCUGAAAUGCACAUUAUUCCGAGAACUUUGAAUUUAGUCAAGCACUUGAGCAAUAAUGCAAUGGCUGCUAUUUUUAUACAGUAUA